AAAAACCUCGCUUGAUCCUCGAAACUAAGGAGGAGGGAAAAACAAUAAAAAAGGAAAACACCAGGCGUUUCUACAAGUUCUAACUCGUCUCUGUACCAAUUACAACUCAACCCAACCACGUCUGCAGCCAACAAUCAAACACCCACCUGAAUCUCCACGAAAUCCCCUCGUUACCCAAAACCAAAGACCAGAACCUUUCACAUUUCCCCCGAGGCACUCCUGUAAUUUCCUCCAGGAGUCUACCAGCCAUGGGAAUUCCCGCUGACGAUGUAGUUUUGAUACAACAAGGUAGCAGCUCUCAUGACCCCACCAUCGUCACCGUCAAUUGCCCUGACAAGUCUGGCCUUGGAUGUGAUCUCUGUAGAAUAAUUCUUGAGUUUGGGCUACACAUUACUCGUGCAGAUUUUCAAACCGAUGGAAAGUGGUGUUACAUAGUAUUAUGGGUGGUUCAACUUCAACAUUCAAAUUUGCUUAGACUUGAUUGGGAUAGCUUGAAAAACAGGCUCUUGAGAGUGUCUCCUCCAUGUUUGACUCCCCUUUAUUAUGAUCAGAAACUGAAUGGUUCCUCGGCUGCUCCUUCUGUAUAUCUGUUGAAGUUUUGUUGUGUUGACCGGGAAGGAUUACUACAUCAUGUUACUGAAGUUCUAACUGAGCUUGAAUUUACAAUUCAAAGACUGAAAGUGAUGACAACACCAGAUGGGAAAGUUGUAGACUUGUUCUUCAUUACAGAUGGAAGGGAGCUCUUACACACGAAAAAAAGGCGAGAUGACACGUGUGGAUAUUUGUGUGAUGUCUUCAGAGAAUACUGUAUUGGGUGUGAACUUCAGUUGGCAGGUCCUGAAUGUGAUAAUCAGCGGAAUUUCUCUUCCCUCCCUUUGGUAGUGGCAGAAGAAUUGUUUAGCUGUGAGCUGUCAGAAAAGGAAUCCUGUAUGCAAGCACCCAGGGCGGCUACAACAUCACCAAAGAAGGCCAUCGUUACAGUGGAUAAUCUUUUGAGCCCAGCUCAUACAUUGCUUCAAAUACAAUGUGUUGAUCAAAAAGGUCUAUUUUAUGACAUCUUGAGAAUUUCAAAGGACCUGAAUAUCCAGGUAGCUUAUGGUAGAUUCUCGUCUAGCAUAAAAGGAUACCGUAACAUGGAUCUAUUUGUUCAGCAAACAGAUGGGAAGAAGAUAUUGGAUCCUAAGCUUCUAGAUAAUCUUUGUUCUCGAUUGAAGGAGGAGAUGCUUCAUCCAUUGCGAGUGAUCAUUACCAACAGAGGCCCAGAUACCGAGCUCUUAGUUGCUAACCCUGUUGAGUUAUGUGGCAAGGGAAGACCGCGCGUAUUUUAUGAUGUUACUUUAGCUCUGAAAAAGCUGGGAAUAUGCAUUUUUUCGGCUGAAAUCGGAAGGCACUCAACUGAGGAUCGCCAGUGGGAAGUCUACAGAUUCCUUUUGGUUGAAAAUGGUGAAUUUCCAUUAGCAAGUGGUCAAGCCAGAAAUCAAAUGGCAGCCGGAAUUAGAAGAACAUUAAUGGGCUGGUAGAUGAUCCACUGCAAACCACAUUGAUGGUGAAAACAGUUUUGCCUUCUCCAAGGUGUACCUUCCUCUCUGAUUGGACAUAUCUGCACUGCAAUGUUGUCCCUAUUUGCCGAUCAUUGAGGUCAUGCAGCAAGAUAACCUAUUCUCUGUAGCCAAGCUCUUGCUGUAACUAUUCUCUCUUGCUAUUAAAAUGUGUAGUGUUUCAUUUUCCAUCGUCUGCAAUGUAUCAAAGAAGCAUCUGUGGCAUCUUCGGAAAAUGCAGAAGCCAAUCCCUUUCUGGUGAAGUUGUAGAUUAUCUAUAAACUCUUUCCCUCUUUAUUAUUUUAUUUUCUUUGCUAGGAUGAGGUCCGGUAUGUAGUUGUACCAGAUCUUAUAACGCUUUUGCACCUUUUGUGAUGCAACAAAGGGAUGCAAAGGUAAGAGCACUCAAUAUGAAAGACGAUUAGGCCAGCAAAUCUGCCAUUGGGAGCUCGUUGGAUAAUGUGGGAGGUGCUGGAAUGGGUGGUCUUUUUCACAAUCACAGUGAUGUUUGGCUGUCGGGUUUUCCAGGCUAUCUUGUAGCGGCAACCAUCAUGAUAGCUGAAGUUCAAGCCAUCCAGACUGGCCUGUCUCUGGGAUGGAAUUUAGGCUUCAGAUCAGUGAUGCUUAGCCGUGCAUGCCAUUUUCGAGGUUACGUCUCCAGCUCUUCCUUGUUUUGCUCUAGCUGGUGACAUUCGUGUUCUCCUUGAUGAGGGCGCCAGUGUUCACAACUUGGUGAAUGUAACCAAGGCGCUGAUUUCCUGGCCAAGGUUGGGGGUCAUGGUGAUGAGGGUGUAUGUAAAUGGCAGCAUGCUCCUGGUAUCAGUCUAUUCUUUCCGGAGAUCUGACUGAUGUUUGAGUUCUCGAGGUCCUAGGUUUUGCUUUUAUCCACAGCACUUUACUGAGAGAUUUUAGAGAAGCUGUUCUAAUAGUUUUUCACUUGUACAAUUUCCUAAAAUCUCAAAGCGUUGCGUGUUAAUUUACCGUGAGACGGCACAACUGUUCACUUAGAUAAAAA